AACUGUCAGUUCGGGUAAAGUGGAGCGUGUGGUCGUGUUUUUGUUUUACGAAAUACGAUCGUUCUUAUAACGAUGUCGUAAAAUGUUUAAAUGUACGAUUUUAUUUGUAGAAAGGAUAACGAACUCGAGUUACGUUCUUGGUGACAGUGUGUUGCUGAAAUGAUGUGAUAAUUUGGUUUUCAUAAGAAAUAGUGAACAUCAUGGCCAAGUACUAUGUUUCAGUACUGCUAGUGCGGAUAGUGCUGCCUGUCUCUCUCCUGCUUUGUAUAGCACUCCGACCGUUUGGCCUCUCGGUAUUAUAUCUACUACUGUUUUUCUUAGCACCGUUAACACCAGUACCAGAUAGCCGAACAUUCAAAGGAUGGAGCGGCAAGUUUUUGCUCAUCAAUGUAGUGCUAUCAUUUCUCAUGCUACUAAUGCAUGUGGCGUGGCACACGUUACUGGCAUCAGUGGGGUCUUACGGGUCUAUACUCGUCCAGUACCCCAUUAUCAACGUCUUAGGCCACAAUUUGGGUUUCGUGUCCUACUCCUCGAUAGACCCACUUAUGGCCGUCCACUACAUGCUUCCCGAGAUCAUAAUGACCUCAGUUUCGCUGCUAGUUUAUAUGGUAGUGAAAAGAUUGCUUACAGGCCCGGGGGUGGCAGAAAUAAAGAAAAGUGAUUCUAAAUAUCAGGAGUAUCCACUUGUAACAAGUGCUGGGAAAUAUUUGUGUUUGAUCCUGAUAAUGGUUUCGGGGAUAAUGCGUCCGAGCAUCACCUCUGGGAUAUACUACCUGGUGUUUAUGGGAUCAGCUACAGCGUGGGCCCUGGGCCGGCCGCUCAGUCGCGGCUUCGCAGUCGUGUGCCGCUGCGUCAUGGCCAUCAUGGCUGUCCACGUCACUGUUCUACUGAUAUAUCAGUACUCCUAUUUAACAACCCUAUACACACCAGAUAAGGAGUUUGCCAGGUACUUCGGACUGACAAAAUUGGUAAUAAUCAACGAUACAAAUCCAUCACUUUUCACAUAUGAAGUGACGGAUGACCACAUGUGGGGUACGUUAGUGAGCCCUUUUGUCAUUCUGGUCACUUAUUUCAUUCUGGCGAUUGAGACACGACAACUUUUCAAACCAAAGGUUGCAAUUUCGUACAUAAAUUCAAAAGCACUCAGCGGUGAAGCCAGGGAGACCGACCCUCUAAUACGGGUAAACUCCUCGAAAUGGUCGAGUCAACAGGCGAAUGCGAGACAGAUGCGCCAGGACUCCACGGGCUCCGUGGUUCUUCACGAAGAUGAGUCAACAGUUGAGGAAAGCGAACCCACCUUGAUGGAUGACAUCCUAACAGCUAUUAUCGAUUUCUUCCAAGUUCUAGUCAGGUCAUCAUACAUCGCAACUACAAUCACGAUGAUGGCAUGGAGUAUAAUGUUCCAUUCCUGGCUUACAUUCGUGUUCCUUAUGUGGGCGAACAUCGUGUGGCUGUGUCAGGACGGCCGGGGGUUCAUGUUGAAGACCAGUCCCGUGCUCGUGGUGUACGCGAUGCUGCUUCUCAUAGCGCAGUACAUAUACGGCAUGAAUCUGUACGAGUCGGAGCUGCCUAGUAAUAUUACGGAAGUGAAUCUCCGUCAGAUAGGCCUAGGCCGCGUCGAAGGGGGCGAAACAUGCGUGCCCUUGCUGAUCAAGUCUUUAUUCACGUGCAUGUUCUGGGUAACACUGCGUCAACGCAUACAAGACAUCAGACAGCGUCGCCAGUCCGCUGUCAUAGCAGAUAUGGCCGCCCCUCUUCAACUGACAGCUUCUACUGCAGCCAGCGUUAUAGAUGCAAGACGCGACGAGGAGAAUCGUUCACGGUUGAUGCGGUCCCUGGGAGAGAUACUCCGUGCUUUGUGCGCGAGAUACUGGAUCUAUGUCGUAGUCAUCAUGUUGUUUGUCAUCGGCGUCACUGGAGAGCGCAUGACUAUCUUCAGGAUCAUUUAUAUGUUCCUCUUUCUGGCGUUUAUACUUAUGUUCCAGAUAAGUUGGUACUGGUGGCGAAAAACAAUGUACAUGUUUUGGAUAGUGGUGAUCGUGUACUCGAUGAUAAAUCUUAUUCUAAUUUAUGUUUAUCAGUUUGAUAACUUUUCCAAGUUGAUAGAAAAGUAUUUGUUGAUCAACGAAAGUUUACAACAAGACUUGGGUUUGGAGCCGUACGAUCCCGCGGAUCUAUUCGUCAAACUGCUAACGCCAACAUUGUUCCUUAUUAUUACAAUUAUGCAAGUUCAUUAUUUCCAUAAGGACUUUAUGGCGUUGUCGGAUCAGAAGACUAGGUCGAAUAGUUUGACACCUAAUCAACCAGAUUCCAAUAAGCCAAGUCAAGACGGUGCGUCUACACUGAAUAAUGACGUGCCUCCAUUGCCAUCUGAAGACGCAAACGCACGUUCACUAGCCGCCACGGAGGCAGACCAAUCCAUUGAGCUCUCUUCUUUGACCACUGGACUCCGGCGGCAAUCUGUGGCUAGGAAAUCGACAUCUCGAACGAUGAUGCGAUCGCCGGCGACGGAGAAACGUUCCACCGGACUGUUGUCGGUCAUCAAACGCGCCUACCACGCGUCCAAGCAAACCGCGCAAGAAGUUAUCGAUAGAUUGUUCAUUUAUCUCGAUAUACACCUCAUCAAGAUCGUUUUCAUUUCCUUGAUGCUGCUUUGCGUUAUGAAUGUAUGCGCGAUGCAUGUUCCCAUAAUGUUAAUGAUCGCGCCAGCUUUGUGGUUCAAUGCGGGCAAACAGCGCGUUUGUGUGCUUUUCAUAUCCACACUUAUAAGUAUCUACUUCAUGGCCAAGAUGGUUUACCAAAUAGAUUACAUCAAACAUUAUAGCUUCGAUGUCAAUUGUUCCUCUUCAUUCCCCGAUGAAAAUAGAACAACAAAUUAUUCAUCAUUCAACAAUGCGGAAUGGUUAGGGUUUAAAAAAGCCACGCCCGAAAAACCUCUGGUGACUGUACUCAAAGGAUACAUCGGCCUUCUAUCAAUAUUCACAUUUUAUUCUCUUGUAACAUAUAGGCAACAGUCUCUCAAAGCAUCAGGAGAAUUGCCCAAAGAAAGGAUCAAGACAAUAUUCCCUGAGGUCACGCGCAAGGAAGCAGACGAUGAUUUAGUUCAGUGCAUGAAAUAUUUACUGAAUUAUGGAUUUUAUAAGUUCGGUGUAGAAAUUACAAUGAUAUGCCUAAUGGGCGUGAUAGGGUCCCGUAUGGACGUCUACGCAGUGCUAUACGCGGGCUGGCUCUUAGUACUGGUGUCGAUAGGCCGCACGGCACAAUCCCGGCUUUGGCCAGCAUUCACUGCUUGCAUUACCUUCUUAGUACCAGUACAGUAUAUGAUAGCCGUGGGAUUCUUGCCGCAAUUCUGCGUCACGUACCCUUGGGAUUCUGAUGAUACGCAAAUGAAACACGUCCGUUCAUGGAUGUUCCUGCCAUACGCAGAGCAGCCUCCUCACGCAUACAAACUGAUCUUCGAUUUCUUCCUGCUACUGUUCGCUACUCGCCAGUUGAAAGUGUUCCGUAUUGAAAAGAUUCAUGGCGAUCAGUAUCCCGGGGGUUGCAAUAGCGAGAAAAUUGGCAGUGAUUGGGAGACGCCAAACUUUAGGAACCCAGUGCCUGAUUUCCUUGGUUAUGUUGGGUCUUGGCUUGACGUGGUGAAACGCAUGGUGUUCUUAGGCAUGCUGUGGGUGACGCUCGCUAUUAUGUUCAUGACGGGCACCAACCGAGUGAACCUGUUCUCUAUGGGGUACCUUGUCGGAUCCUUUAUAUUCUUGUGGCAAGGAACUGAUUUUUACUUGCGUCCUAAAGAAGCCAUAUUGAAAUGGUGGUCAUGGCUAGUCCGCUACAAUGUAUCCGUAGUAGUAGUGAAGACAUUGCUACAGAUCCCGGGCUGUAUGUUCAGCACAGUGAUGCAGGAACACGCCUGUUGGCUGGUCCAACUCCUCGGCAUCGGCUGUGUCGACAAGUUCGCAGGCGGCAAUAUAGCUAGGUUCAUUAAGAUGCAGUAUACUAAAGAAGCAGCGUGUUCCGUUCCUCAAGAGGACAUAGGGCUGGCGUGGGACGGAGUCUGUUUUGCUUUCCUCAUACUACAGCGAAGACUAUUCCACAGCUACUACUUCUAUAGAGUUAUAGACGAAAGCAAAGCCACCACGGUACUUGCUUCCAGGGGCGCAGAGUUGAUAGAAGAACUUCGUCAGAAACAAAUGAAAGUUCAGGAGGACCAAGAAACGAGAAUCCUUGAGAAAAUAAAAGUUAAAAUGGAGAGGAUUAAGGCAAACCAGAAGAAAAUACAAGGGGCUUUGGCUAGGGAACCAAUACAUCAUGAUAGAGGAGUAGAAUCAGGUUCGGAUGCACGGGCUAAACGCCGCGUGUUCGCAAACAGACACGAAGUGCGGGACAGACCGACAUAUAGGCCGCCAGCAAGCCAUCAGAAGGCAAUCCGUUCCGGGGACUAUUAUAUGUUCGAUGAGUUCGAUGAUACGGAUAUUCAUAUGAAAGACGAUGAAUCUAGUUCAGAUGAAGAUGCGCCUAGAGAAAUGGGAUUCGGCAAGCUGCUGUCCACGCUGAUCAAGACGGACAUGAAGCGCGCCGUGACGCUGCGCCGCGCCUCCGCGCCCAACGUGCGCACCACGCGCCACGUGUCGCUCGCCAGCGACCCCGUCUCCUACCCCCAGCUUCCUCGCAAGGCGUCAAUGCAGAUGCAGCCUGAUGCUCCGCUUACGGAGCAGGACCAAGAGGGGCCAUUGACCGAGAUGGACGAAUUCGCACCAUUACCGGUACACGAGGAGACCACGAUGGACAAAGUAAAGCAGUUCGGCGAGACGGCGUGGGCAUUCAUAUCGAGCUUACUCGUGUCGCUCACACGACACUUGAUGAAGUUCUCACGAGAUUAUCGAUAUGUGUCCAAAACGCUGUCUAUUGAGAAGAAAAUACUGAAGGAGAAAGAAGGCUUCGGCAUCGGAAUAAGAGAAGGAUCGCAGAUGAUUUGGGAACCACUGCCCGAGACUUUAGCUAAACACCGUAAGUUAAGCGAAAUAAGCGUUCCGGAGAUCCGCAUCCUGGCGCCCAGCAUGGAGCGCGGGCUGGACGCGUCGCCGCCGCCGCGCCGCGUGUCGCUGUCCGACUCGUCGUGCCGCGACGACGACGGCACGUCCGAACACGAGAGCGCGUUUUCAUUGCAGUCGACACAGAGCAACAACGUGACAACGCUUGAGGAGCAAGACGACUCGAUGUUUAAACAGGAUCGCUCGCCCUUCGUGCAUCUCGGCUAUGCGCUGUGGUAUGCAGUAUUAGCACAUACGGAUAUAGUGUGCUAUGUCAUGGUGUUUAUUAAUCAGAUACAAUCGGCAACAAUAUUGUCUAUACCUCUUCCUCUGAUGGUGUUCAUGUGGGGUACGCUCACCAUCCCGAGACCUACCAAGACGUUCUGGGUUACCUUGAUUGCGUAUACUGAGGUGAUUGUCCUCAUAAAGAGCAUGUUCCAAUUCGAGAUUCUACCUUGGAAUCAGAAAGUGAUACCCGCAAACAUGCCCUUUACGGCCCCCCGUAUCAUCGGAAUAGAGAGGAAAUUCAAUUACGCUCUCUACGAUCUACUUUUGCUGCUCAUCAUCUUUUUGCAUAGAUUCAUGUUAAAAUCACUGGGUCUCUGGAAGGAAUCGACUCCAGAUAUCGAGUUGCGAGAAGACAUGGAGUACCCACUGAACGAGGAGGAUACUCAGCUAGUCGCUGAAGGUCAUAUCACUGAAGUAGGACGCAAGUACGUCAAGCUACACGACAUGACUGGCCCGCCUGAAGGCCCGCAAGCAGAGAGCAGUCCUCGCCGCGGUGCAGGUUACGACAGCCCGGGACCGCCCGGCUCGGAGUUCGACGACAACGAGGCAGGGCCCUCCAAAGCGCCGGACGACGAUCACUAUAACGUGAACGACGAUAAGGAACCUAUAAUAGCGGUGUCCACGACAUUGGAGAACUCGUACAAGCAUUACCCAGAAGUUAUGCUUUUGUCAAUAAAGCGUUACCUCCGUCCGAUGCACUUGUUCUUCGAGCGCAUGUUGGCGCCGGGCGCGAGAGUGACGGCGGACAUCUACGCUUACAUGUUCCUCUGCGAUUUCUUCAACUUCCUCGUUGUUAUAUUUGGAUUUGCCGCGUUUGGAACGCAUCAAGGCGACGGCGGUGUCCAAGCAUACUUAGAAGAGAACAAAGUACCGAUUCCCUUCCUCGUGAUGUUGAUCCUACAAUUCGCGUUGAUCGUCAUCGACCGAGCGCUGUACCUUCGCAAGUUCAUGUUGGGCAAGAUUCUGUUCCAGUAUGCGCUUAUCAUAGGCGUGCAUAUAUGGAUGUUCUUUGUACUGCCGUUUAUUACUGAGAGGACAUUCAACGCUCUCCUCCCACCGCCGAUGUGGUACAUGUUGAAGUGUAUCUACCUGCUGCUGUCGGCGUACCAGAUCCGCUGCGGCUACCCGCGCCGCAUCAUCGGCAACUUCCUCUGCAAGUCCUACCACUUCCUCAACAUGGUCUUCUUUAGAGGCUUCAUGGCAAUACCGUUCCUUUUUGAGCUGCGGACUCUUAUGGACUGGAUAUGGACAGACACUUCAAUGAACCUCAUGGAUUGGCUCAAAAUGGAAGAUAUUUUCGCCAGUGUCUUCUUACUAAAGUGUUCCCGCUACUUAGAGGAUGAGUUCCCGCAGCCCCGCGGCUCUAAGAAGUCGAACUCCUCUAAGUAUAUACUCGGCGGCGGCGUACUCGCCUUCGUCAUAGCUAUCAUUUGGUUCCCGCUCGUUUUCUUCGCGUUUGGAAACUCUGUCGGUCAACCCAACCCUCCAACAGAUGUCACAGUUAAGAUCCGCAUUGGACCGUUCCUCCCUGUUUACCAAAUGUCUGCUCAAUCACACAAUAUCGAUGUUUUCACGGAACAAGACUACACGCAGCUAAGCAACAUGUACGCCCGCGACCGCACGGCGCAGACGUUCCUGUCCAACUACAUGUACAACGACGUCGCCGUCAUCACCAUCAACCCCAACUCCACGCUCAAGUGGGAGAUCUCGCCGCCUGAGCUCGACCGACUCAAGAGAGAAGCCGCUUCUAAUGCAACAUUAAUGGUGAAGUUCACAUACGUGAUCACCCACCCGACGAACGCGGUGCCAAACCCACCGACUAUAGAGGAUGACCGCGAAGUGCCGCUCAAGGCGUUCGAGGACGGCGUACCCAACCCUGAGAGAGAAACUCUAAGGAAACUGCUAGACGGGACGUCGGGACCAGAUACAUGGUUAAACGUGAAGGAUUUGUUCCCGAAGUUUUUGAAAGUAUUCAACAAAGGCACAACUAAACCGGCGUACCAGCUAAUACCGAGAUCAAUAGAUGAAGAUGAGAACUUAGAAGAAGAAGAGGAUGAAAUUGUAUACAGAGACGUUUUAAUGCGAUUGGAGAGAGAUAAAGAAAAGGAUGUCAUGUACUGGCGUGUUCGAGAGUCCUGUGGUCCCCGGGAUCCCUUGUUGUCGAUACCGCUUAACAACUGCGAUAUGCUCGUGAUGUACACCUUUAACGACAAACUGUUCCCAGAGACGCUAAACUUUAUAUCUGGCAGUGGUAUCAUCGGACUAUAUACCACAUUCGUAUUCCUGGCGUCCCGUGUUCUCCGAGGGUUCUUCUCAGGCAUUUACACUAGAAUCAUGUUCGAUGACUUGCCGAACGCUGAUAGAGUGCUACAACUCUGUCUUGACAUUUAUCUGGUUCGAGAAGCACUCGAACUGGCUUUGGAAGAAGAUCUAUUUGCUAAAUUAGUGUUCCUGUACCGAUCACCUGAAACUAUGAUCAAGUGGAGUCGGCCGAAGGAAGAGGAGAACAUAGAACAACGGGCACUGCCGCCCUCUCGCUGAAGCGGCGUCAUACCAAUUCUGAGAAAUUAUUACGACGAUUCGUCUACUUCUUAAUAGAUCAAGCCUGAAGCUAAAGCAUCUGAAAUCAUGGCAUCAGAAGUGUCAUAGCAUACAUGGAAACGAUUGUAUAGUUUUUUGUAAGUAUGUAGCUUUACUUUUUUUAUACUCCAGUACAUAUGCAAAUUUGUAUGCUUUUAUUAUGCAGAUAAUUAUGUAUCAUUAACAGUUCAAUUAAUUAUUUUUACAAAUCAUGAAUGUAAUAUGAAAAUUAGGAGGCGUAAAGUACGAGGUUUUAGCUGAAUAUUUUGUGGUUUAGUCCUGACUUGACGUCCAUAGUGUAUAAUUAUGUAUUUAUAAUUUAAUUGUGAGAAUGCAUACACUAUGCAAACCAUUACAUCGAUCAUAGAUACGUAAGUUGUACAGUAAAAUAGUUAUAAUUUAAGAAUAAUUAUGGUGCAUAUUUUAUAAAUUCAAUUCAGAAGUUUCUAAAUUUACGAUAUCUGCAAUCUUGUUCCUACAUAUUUAAUGAUGUCAUCUUCUCAAAUAAAUUUAUUUUGUUGACGUCAAUCAAACAAAAUAAUAAUCUUCACUGUGAAUAAUGUCCAUAAUAUUCAUGAAUUUUUGCACCUUUAACUAAAGCGCACAAACAAGAAGUCGUAGUAUAUAUUAUGUACUUAAAAAUUUAAUUUGUGCAUUCCUAGAAUAUAAAUAUUAAAAGCUCUCUUUUUAAUUUCAUAUUGCGAGCUCAUAGUUACCUUCUUAUUGUUAUUUUAGGUACUCUUUAGAAUUAUACCUGUUGUUCUUGUAAUGUCUUUCAUUCUUGUUCGAAAGUUACCAGUUAAGAACUUGCAUUGUACUAUAAAAUGUGUUAUGUGCAAUAUUUAGAAGGGAUUAAGUAAAUUAUUGUUUAUCAGCACACACACCUAUGUAGGCAUUUUUAUAUAAUUUACUUAUUCAUUCAAACACAGAUUUAUUUAUACCUCAAUUUUUAAACCUUAUUGUUGCAUUUGAUAUUACUUAAAUAAAUUAUUGGAGUAAGAGAAUUAUUAUACAUAUUGUACACUUUUGUAUUGUGGUUGUUGUGUUUAAGCUGCAUUUAAUGUUGUCGAUUUGUGAUAAUAAAAGUCAUAUGAAAUGUU